AUGAUCUCUCUCAAGUCUGCUCUCGUUGCCUUUACACUUGGCUGCUCUAGUAUCGCCACAGCCUCAACACUCCACCCCGGCUUCGAGGAUGACAUCGCUCUACUUCUCGCAGAUGCAGAUGGCCGAACAAAGCAUUGGCAAAUUGUCAAGCCGUUUCUAGAUACAGCAUUUCCUGGUAUCACUUGCAACGUGCAGGGCAAUAACUCGUUAACGCAGGGCUCGACAAGUCCUAUGGCUGAAAUGAUUGAAAGCUCCUUGAUGGAAUACCAGCCUUCUGUUAGCUGCACAGGGGAACUGGACGAGCAUGCUUUUGCUGCUGUCUUUGAUCAAUUCCCGCACGUAACACCCCAGCUGGACUUCCAAGGACUGCAAAAAAGGCAAGCGGAUUGCCCUAAGGGUAAUGCCCCUGUAAAGCCGCUAGGGCGUCGUGGGGGAACAGUGAGGGAUGUCGAAGCGGAGACCCAAGCUCAGGCUGCCGCUGCGAGAGCAGAGACCGAGCAAGGAUAUCUUCGAUGUGAGGGCGCAAGUCGUCCAGCCAACUGUAGAGCUUGCUGGUCUGGUGCGAUAGCAGCAUAUGUUUUUGAAAUCGGAGGUUGUGCUGCUGUUGCGUAUAAGAACCAUGAGGCGCCACGAGGUCAAAUUGACCCAGCGGCAUGGCUUGGCUUCAUUUGUUGCGUGGGGGUCGGCUUGGGGGGAUGGUUGGUGGCCACCUCUGGUUGUAUCGGCAGAUAA